GUCAGUGGGCAUAUCAAGUUUCGACGAUGAAGUUCCUGGCCAUCUGCAUUUUCCUGAUCCUAGCCCUGGUGGCCGUUCAGGCCCAUCCUGGCCACGGUAACCGUGGUGGACCCGGUGGAUCCUUCGGUGGACAGGGUGGACCAGGUGGACCCGGUGGAUCCUUUGGUGGACAGGGUGGCGGUAGUGCCAGCGCCACUGCCAACGCCAGUGCCGAUGCCAAAAGCCAAGGAGGUGGCCCAGCCUCAGCCACCGCCAACGCAAACGCCGUCGCCACUUCCCAGGGAAGCGGAGGCCAUGGAAACCGAGGAUAGAUCCAAAACCAAGGCAGAAGUGAACCCUAAACCCUCCAAACUACCUUAAAAAGUGGGCACGUCGCCAGACGGGCCUCUAAAUUCGAAGCGACCCCGAUUAAUAUAUUAAAAUGCUAAAUUUGUUUUUCGGAAAUCACAGCUUUUGUUCUUUUUUCUGGUCUAUGAGGAAAUUUAUUACUAUAACUUGGGAAUACGUUAAAGAUGCAGUGACGUCAUUGCACCCUAAAAGCUACAUUUAAAGGAGAAGAGAUCAUAAACUCAGCAUCUUAUGUUUUUGUAAAAUUCAGUGGUUGUUUAAAACCCGUUCGUUUGGUUUAUUCAAUUUAUUAGCAUAAUUUGUACUUUGCUAGCAAAUUUCAUGCCUCCAUAUUAAUAAAACGGCGUUGUUUUUUUUUUGUUUAUUUAUUGGUGUUGAGAAAGUUUUCUGCAUUAGAUUAUUAACCCAUUGUAUAAAAUUUGUCAAUAGAAUACAAAUUUAUAAA